AUGGCCGCCAUCAAGAUCAAGCUCGUUGUGGACAGGUCGCGGAACCGCGUCUUGUUCGCCGAUACCGGCUCCGACUUCGUCGACGUUCUGCUCACCUUCCUGACGCUUCCCCUCUACUCCCUUCAACUCAGCGCCGGCGCGUCCUCGCCGGGUUGCAUCUCCAACCUCUGCGCGUACAACAGUUCAUGCUGCCCAUGGUGUACCCCGUUUGCGGAGAAACAUCUGAAUCCACAGGGAGAAAACGAUAGUUGCAGGUGCUGGGAGGUACUCAUGGCUAGGCUGGUGCAUGUGUACCACGAAACAACACGAAAAGAGGUCUUCUCCAACUGGAAAGAAAGGUUCGUCAUCAGCGACGUUUGGGUGAUCAAACAGGCGUCGACGAGCUCUGUGGUGUCUUUUCUUCAAGAGCUUGAUGGAGACGGUAUCAGAGACAGCUACGAGGAGGUGGAGGUGGACGUGGGAUGGACUGAGGUGCUUUCCUUGCUCAAGGCAUGUAUUUCGUCCACCACCAUAUUCACUGAUGUGUUUCUUGCAAAAGGAACUGAUGGGGUUGUUAGCCCAACUUUAGCAGAAAGAUCAUUGCUUAAGAUCAAGAAGCCUCAAUAUCAGGAAACCGGUGAACCUACAAGCUCUGAAUCUCCUGCAAGUAUCCCCAUCAAGCUUUUCUAUGACAAGAGGGACAGGAAGGUCUUGUAUGCAGAGUGCAAGCACGAGUUCGUGGACUUGCUCCUUAGCUUCCUGACCUACCCAAUAGGAUGCAUCGUCAAGAACCUGGCUGGCACCUCUCAUCUGCGCACAAGCUUCAACAAUCUUUACAGAAGCGCUGCCAGUCUUGACGCAGCUGGAUUCUUGACAGGACGUAGCUUUGGGGGCAAAAAGACGCUGCUGGAUCCAAGCACUGCCCCAUUCAAGAUGCGAAGGGAUUGUUCUGAACGAGAGGUUCCAGAGUGGUACUAUCUAUGCCGGAUGCCAGGUUGCUACUGCGGGAAGGAUAAAAGAUCAUGCCAUUCUUUUGACCCUGAGUUCGUGUGUGAUCACACCUAUGUUGUUGACGAUGAUCUAAGUGUACAUCAGGCCUCUGCAGUGUCGGUGCUGAAGCACUGGUGCAAGAGAGAUCGGGAUAUAGUGGCGGAGAUAGACAUUGCUAUCAGCAAAGAAGAGGCUGUUGCGCUACUGCGAGCGGUGGUCAAUUCGAAGACUGCGCUGACAGAUGUGUUCAAGGGAAGGCUGGAUCAGAUAGCACAACUGUUGCCACCUUCGAAAAGAACAUGCUUGCCAUCCGUGGAGCAGAUGCAGAUCUUUGUCAAAACCCUUUCAGGUGAGACCAUCACCCUCGACGUAACAAACUUCCACACGAUUGCUGCCGUGAGGAGUAAGAUUAGGACAAAGGGAAAGCUAAUGGAGCCUUAUCGGUUAGUCUACGGUGGCAAAUGCUUGCAGGAUCCAUGGACUCUGGCUGAUUGUGACAUUCACAAGGAAGCUACCAUUCACGCUGAGUUGCGAUCACCUGUUCGUUAG